AUGCCAAAUGCCCUCCUUGAAUACAUAUCGAAUUUCAUCGCUUGCUAUACGGGUUGGUUCUUGGCUUUAGCAAUUUUAGACCUCGUUGCAAGAAGAGAACAGCUCCAGGGCUGUCCGAAGAAGAGGGCGAUCGUUCCAGGCUCCGGUAAAGAAGAUCCUUUCACUUCUUCCCGGACGAAAGACAACACGCCGGACGUCCUACGUUAUUCAACUCCUUCAACAGAAGAAGACGAAAACAACGAAAGGGUGUUCAACCCCCCGGCAAAGUUCGGAUCCUGGGGCCAACUUCUCAACUCCAACACCAAACGGCAAUAUUCCUCCCUGCACCCUCCCCAGAAUGUCACCUCAACUCUCCCCCGCGUUGCCAGGCAACGGGUCCAACAGCAACAGUUGUACCGGCCACAUCCUGCUGGACUAAGCUCCGAAGAUGAUGAUGACUCUGGUGAAGAACCGUCAUCGACCUCCGAUGAUGAUGAGGAGGAGGAGGAAGAUGAUGAGGAUGACGAUGGUGAUAAUGAUGGCGGGGAUCAAUCGGAUGCCACAACAUACACCGGUUCCGAAAUGGCAUUAGCGGCAAGCAGGAGCGAUCAGCAUAGAGACAGAAGGUCUGCGGAUCGCGAGGGAUUCGUCCCGAGUCCGACUGCUGUGACGAGUACGACUACGACAACGGCGACGCCAUCGGUGAGGUCGUUCCCCAGACCCUCCCACCCUGACGCCAUGGACCCCAGGGAAUUCCGUUCUUCCUGUCUCGCGCGAACGCCAUCUGGAUCCCUCUUCAUCCCCAGUGAGUGUAAAGUUCCUGCAUCUCCACUCAAUUGCCACCUUUCCAGUCAACUUUCAAAAUCAGUCAAUGAAAACAAAAAUAAUCCAGAAAGGUACAAUCUAAGUUACUCUUCUGGUGUCCCCGUUCCCGUCUGUAACAACGUUCGGCGGUCGAGUGCGAGUCAUUAUUCACGUUUUCAGUUCCGAAAAUCCUUCUCUUCGCGGUGCACGUGGAAAUGCACGGCGAUUGUCUGUCUUUUCAUCUCUCUAGCCAUUCUUUCAGCCCUAGCGUAUUUCGUUGCAUUAAUGUUUCCAUACUGGCAUCAUGCCAGUUCACAUCCGUGUCCUGUUAUGGUUGAUGACAUGGAACAAGAAAUUGGAAGAAUUAACUCUGCUAAUAUUCCCAAGAAGACUCCACCACCUAAAAGUGAGACUUUUUCUGAAAUUCAGUUGGGUAAAUCUUCUAGUGCCAAAAUUGGAAGUUUCGGAUAUUGGAACUACCAAUUCCAUCUUCGGAAUCCAUCUCUAGUCAAAUUUAACUACACACUGACGAAUGGCGCCAGUUUAGGGGUGUACGGAAGGAGAGACGGUGUUCCAACGCAUACGCGGUACGACUUUUUUGAAAUACUGAAGCCGAGAAAUAGGCGUUCAAAGAGGUCUGAAAAGGACAAGUUCAGUGUAGAAUUUGUACAGUUUUUAGAUCGUGGUUUAUGGUACAUAUCUGUAUAUAAUGAUGGUGAUCAAAUUCAUGAUGUGAUUUUCUCCUCAAGAUUCACAGAUGAUUCCAGUUUGCCUUGUCCCUAUGACUGUCAUGGUCAUGGUUCAUGCGUUAUGGGAAGGUGUGUCUGCAAUCCAGAUUAUGCUGGUGACUCUUGCGCAUAUCGUGUUUGUCCAAUUUUAUGCAGUGGCCGUGGUCAGUAUGUAAAUGGGGCAUGUCUUUGCAGCUCAGGAUGGAAAGGCAAAGAAUGCCAUUUGAGAGAUGAUGAAUGUGAAACAGCUGAUUGCAAUGGUCAUGGAGAUUGCUUGGAUGGUCUUUGCAGGUGUUUUCCUGGAUAUAAAGGAUCCCACUGUGAAGAAGUGGACUGCUUAGAUCCAGAUUGCUCUGAUCAUGGUAUGUGUGUGAGUGGAAUGUGUGUUUGCAGAAAAGGUUGGAAAGGGGCAGACUGCAGUGAACCAGACUCGGAUGCGCUGAGAUGCCUGCCCGACUGUUCCGGCCAUGGACAAUUUGAUCUCAAAUAUCAAAAAUGCAACUGUGAUGAACAGUGGACUGGAACUGAUUGUUCUCAAGAAAAAUGUGAUUUAGACUGUGGUGACCAAGGACAUUGUGAGGGAGGACAAUGUGUGUGCCAAGAUGGAUGGUCAGGGACUAAGUGCAAUGAAAAACUCUGUGAUCCAAGAUGCAUAGAACAUGGUCAGUGCAAAAACGGUACAUGCCUUUGCAUUCAGGGAUGGAAUGGAAAGCACUGUACCUUAGAGGGUUGUCCAAAGAACUGUAACAAUCAUGGCGAAUGCAUCAUAAAUGAUGAAAAUGAAUGGACCUGCCAUUGCCAACAUGACUGGGAUGGGCCUGACUGUGCUAUUGCUUUAGAAAGGAAUUGCAAUGAUGGUACUGACAAUGAUAAAGAUGGACUAAUUGAUUGUGCUGAUAGUGAAUGUUGUUUAGAAAAGGCUUGUGAAAACAAUCCACUGUGCUUCUCUGCAGUUGAUCCACUGGACAUAUUAUUGAGAAAACAGCCCCCUGCAGUUACUGCAUCUUUUUUUCAGAGGAUGCAGUUUCUGAUUGAGGAAGGUUCAGUUCAAAGUUAUGCCCACAAAAGUGUUUUUAACGACAGUCGUGCAUCAGUCAUUAGAGGCCAAGUGGUUAGUUCAUCAGGUAGUGGUGUGAUGGGGAUUCGUGUUGGGUUGGCCGGAAGUGCACAACCAGGAUUUACAGUGACCAGAGAAGCUGGAUGGUUCGAUAUCUUAGUAAAUGGUGGUGGUGCAGUGAAGCUACACUUCCAAAGAGAUCCAUUCACACCUAAGGAUGUAACUGUUGCUGUUCCAUGGAAUGAAAUAGUUGUGAUUGAUAAGGUUAUUUUAAGUCUUGAUGAUGACAAACCUCAAGAUUUUAAGUCACUAUUAUGUUUGGAUCAUGAUUAUGAUAAUAUGAAGCCAGUAGUUUUAGCAACAUGGAAGCAUGGUUUUCAGGGUGCCUGCCCAGAAAAAAGUUCAAUUUUAGCAGAACCACAGGUGGGAAAUUCUCUUUUUUUUUUCAUGGAGCAAAAAAGCCUGACCAUCCCUGGUACAGAUUUGCAUUUAGUGUAUCACAGCAGCAGAGCUGGCGGCUAUUUAUCAACAAUACAACUACAACUAACACCAGAUUCAAUUCCUUCUUCUCUGAGAUUGAUACAUUUAAGAAUAUCAAUUGAGGGUAUAUUGUUUGAAAAGAAAUUUGAAGCAGAUGCAGCAAUCAAGUUCACUUAUGCCUGGAAUAGGAGAAAUGUUUAUCGACAAAAAGUUUAUGGCAUUGCAUCUGCUACAGUGUCUGUUGGAUAUGAAUACAGCUCUUGUCAUCACAUAAUUUGGGAAAUACAAACAACUCAAGUUAGUGGUCAUGAUAUGAGUGUGUCAGAUAUAGGUGGUUGGAAUUUGGACAUACAUCAUAAGUACAAUUUCCAUGAAGGUAUCUUACAAAAAGGCGAUGGAAGUAACAUUUACUUAAAAACUAGACCCAAAUUGUUACUUACUACAAUGGGUAAUGGAAUCCGAAGGCCUCUGGAAUGCGAUAACUGCAAUGGAUCAGCAAGACAUCAAAUGCUCUUGGCUCCAGUUGCUCUUGCAAGUGCACCAGAUGGCAGUAUCUACAUUGGAGAUUUCAAUUUAAUCAGAAAGAUGACACCGGGAGGAAUGGUAUCAACAGUAGUACAGCUCAGCACUGCUCAAGUUGCCUAUAGAUAUCACCUGGCAGUUGGUCCAGUUGAUGGAAGACUUUAUAUUUCCGAUCCAGAAAAGCACCAAAUUCUCAGAAUGAAAUUGCCAGAAGAAACAACGAACAUUCAAGACAAUCUAGAAGUUGUAGUGGGAAGUGGUGAAAAGUGCCUCCCAGGAGAUAAAUUUUCUUGUGGUGAUGGCAGAAUGGCAAAAUUAGCACGUUUAGCCUACCCAAAAGGCAUUGCUAUAUCACCUGAAAAUGAAAUUUAUGUAGCUGAUGGAACAAAUAUCAGAAUGGUGGAUAAAAAUGGCAUCAUCCAUACACUCGUCGGAGAUUAUUACCAUAAAAGUCAUUGGAAACCAGUGCCUUGUGGGAGGACAGUCAGCUUGUCACAGGUCAACUUAAGGUGGCCAACUUCACUGGCAAUAAACCCCCUUGAUGGCUCUCUCCAUAUUUUGGAUGAUCAUAUGGUACUUCGUGUAACACCGGACAGGCGACUCAAGGUUGUGGCUGGACGACCGCUCCAAUGCGCUACUCAGAUGUCUAAAGAUAAGAGUGAUGUAUCAUCAGAGAUAUACCUGGAAUCACCCCAGAGCAUAGCUUUUGCUCCUAAUGGUGACUUGUACAUUGCAGAAAGUGAUUCUCAGAUGAUCAACAGGGUGCGGAUGAUCGGCAGUGAUGGUCGGAUUAUCCACUUUGCUGGUGCCGAGUCAGAUUGCAACUGCAUGGAUGAUGGUUGUGAAUGUUUUGAUGAAGAACAUUUUCUGGCAUCAAAUUCAAAAUUGAACAGCAUUUCGGCAAUUACCGUGACACCCGAUGGAAAUCUUCAUGUUUGCGAUCAAGGGAACCUAAGAAUACGUUCUGUAACUGCAUCCAUUCCAAUGCCGAAUGAAGCUCAUGAGUAUGAAAUUUAUGCCCCAGAAGUUCAAGAAGUAUAUGUUUUUAAUCGACAUGGACAGCACAUUAUGACCAAGAAUCUAAUAACUGGAAAAGCAAUUUACACAUUUUCAUAUAAUGUCAAUACCAGUUUCGGAAAGUUGAGCACAGUAACAGAUGGAGCUGGGAACAAGAUUUACAUAUUACGGGAUUAUAGCAAUCAGGUUAAUACCAUAGAAAAUACACAGGGUGGCAAAUGCCGACUAGAAAUGUCUAGAAUGGCUAUGUUGCAAAGUUUUACCACACCUUCAAAUUUUAAAACUCAAUUUGAUUACCAUGGAAGCAAUGGCUUGUUACGUAGCAAAUCUGAUAGCACUGGAAAAUCUUAUGUCUAUGAAUAUGAUGAGUAUGGAAGGUUAACUGAAGCUGUUACUCCUAGUGGGCAGAUGAUUCGUCUUUCGUACAAUCUAAGCAUCAAAGGAGCUUCAGUUACAGUUACAAGGGAUGACAGUAAUCCAGUAGUACUGCUGAUAAAGGGCUCUGAUGUUACAACCAAAAUUGGUGCAGCAGAGAAAAGAGUAACUCAAUUUCCAGAUGGCAGCCUCAUCUUAACAUCACCAGAUUCCAGUACUGUUGAAGUUGAUACAGCAACAAGUCCAAUUCUUAAUGACGUAAAUCCUCAGAUUUCAGAAAUUUAUCCAUUACCUACCAAACUUAAGGCUACAUUAAGUGAGGACAACGUACAACACCUGGAGUGGAAGUAUGUUAUCAAGAAAACUGGCAAAGGACAAGCUCGUGAAAUUACACACAUAGGGAAAAUAUUGAAGGUAAAUGGGGAUGUCCUUUUCUCAGUUGAAUUUGAUCGAGCCGAGCAUAGUGAAACAGUGUAUGACAGAAAUCAAGUGCCACUACUGACUGCUCACUAUGACAUACUAGGACAACCCAUGCAAUGGAAACCUGCUCAUAACUUCACUGGCAUACGCCUGGAUUAUGAUCGCUAUGGGAGGCUAGCUCACUGGGAAAGGGGCUACCUUUCUGAACGGUAUACCUUUGACAUGCAAGGAAGAUUAGCUGAAAUAAGGCAUGCAGAUAAUACUGGAAUAAUGUACAAAUAUGAUGAAGGUGCAAUUAACAUGCCGAGUGAAGUAAUUGUUCCAAGUGGAAGCAGAUACCUUUUGCAAUAUGAUUCUUCAGAAGGUCUUCAAGCAAUAAUAACACCAAAUGGUCAUAAACAUGAAUUAGCUUUUCAAACAUCAUUGGGUUUUUACAAAAUGCUUUACUUGAGCCCUGGAGUGAAAUAUCCUUUUGUGACACACUUUGGUGAUGAUGGUCAACUAUUAGCUAAAUUAUACCCUGAAAAUAAUGGUAGGGUUGUAUAUCUGUAUAAUGAAAAUGGCAACAUACGAACUGUUUUCUGUGGAGCUGAAAGAACAGACUUCCUGUAUGUGGACCAAAAAGUUUUGGUUCGAUCUUGGACAAAAACAGUGCCAGAGCUGGAGUUACGAGCUGAUUUCCGUUACCAUGGUAGUCUGAUUCAGGAAGAAAGGUUUAGAGUUAGUAGCCGAAGUGCUCUGAGCAAUGCUAAGCUCCGCUAUCAGUAUGAAGGUCACAUGAGUACAGUUGAAGUAGAGAUUGGGUCAAAGAUAAUCGGAGAAAUUCGCUAUCGCUAUGGUGUGCAGUCUGGCAAUCUAGAACAAGUACAACAAUUUUUAAUACAUCGACCAAAAAUUAAUAAUGUGUUUAUUCAAGACGACCAAAGGCAUUUCUCAAAAACAAUAGCACACGACUCAUAUGGAAAGAUAUCCUUAUUAGCUAUAAGUUUAUGGAAUCGUGAAGUAUUUUCUCUCAACAUUCGCUAUGACAACCGUGGUAGGGUCAGACAAAUCAGCACUAAAGCUGGACAUGAUGUUUCUGUGGAAACAAACAAUUGUACCUACACACCAGAUGGCUAUUUGAGUGAGGUGUCUGGUAAUCGGAAUUACAGGUUUUUGUAUGAUGUGAAUGGCAACAUGAAAACAUUUUGGGAAGAUGAACAUCAGUUAACUUUAAAAUACGAUGAUGGCGACAGAUUGAUUGGUUACAAUGACAUGAAUUUGUAUGAAGUAGAUGGCAGAGGUUUUCUUGUGAGGAAAGGACAAGAUAAGUUUACUUUCAACGCAAAAUCUCAGUUAAUUCAUUCAGUGCAGCCUGGUCUGUAUGAGGUUACGUACUAUUAUGACGCUAUCGACCGACCAGUUGCAUGGAAAGAUCACAAGGGAAACAUUACGCAAUUCUUCUAUACCAAUCCUAAAAAUAAAUAUCAAGUCACUCACAUCCAUACAACUCAAAAUAAAUUGACAUUAUCAUUUGUUUACGACACCAAUGACCAUUUGAUGUACAUGGAGGACACAUUAUCAAACAAAUAUUUUGUUGCAACAGAUCAUUUAGGAUCACCUGUAAUGAUAUUCACCUCAGAUGGGAAGAUUGUAAAAGAGAUUAAAAGAACACCCUUUGGAAAAGUUGUUCAUGAUUCCAAUCCAUCAUUUAUGAUAUUUUUAGAUUUUUGCAAAGGCAUUAGAGAUCCAUACACCGGGUUGCUUUUCUUCAAAAGUCGAGCAUAUGAUCCAGCAGGUGCGCAAUGGUUGACUCCAAACUGGGAAGAUGUGCCCAAAUAUAUAUCUAAGCCAUAUAUGAUUCAUCUUUAUCGAUUUAAAGGAAACAAUCCGAUAAAUGAAGAUGAGGACAACUACCAUUUGGAUGAUCUAGGAAAAUGGAUAUCAGCAUUUGGUCUUGGGAAGUUCAACGCUCCAAUAACACAGCCUACCAAUUCUAAGCCUGAAAUGAGUUAUUAUGUGAAGCCAAGUUUGCCUGUGAUAUCAGGUUUGAGUUGUACAGCUGAUGUUGUUUCACGAGAAUUCUUUCAACUCACAACUGUUCCGAGAACUGAAAUUCGGGGUCACAUUAGUGGAAGUAACUUACAUCCGCAAUUAGCAAACCUCCCAUCAGUGCUGGGUGAUGGCUUACUGCUUUCGAGAAGCAAAGAUCGUGCAAUUAUUCAUGUUCUGAGUGACGCAAGUCCAAUUCUGAGGGAUGUUGUGACUAGUGUACUUAAUGACACAGAAUAUGUUGGACUACAUUUUUCAUUACAUGGUCAAGAUUCCUUCUUUCUGGUGCAACCAGAUCAAAAACGUGUACAAGAAGAUUGGGACCAGCUCCAGAGAUUAGGAACUAUGUUUAAUGUCACCAUGCAUUCUGGUGAAGGGCAUGUAGAUCUCAGACUGCGCAGCCCUGCAAUAUUGCUCAAUAUUCGUUAUGGUGGAGACUUGGAGGAGGAAAGAAAGAGACUUUUGAGUCAUGCUAGAAGAAAAGCUGUGAAAGAUGCUUGGCAAAGAGAAGUUAAACUUGUGCAACAGGGCCUAAGAGGCAGUAGAGAAUGGACAAAAGCUGAAAAAGAGGAUCUACUUACAAAGGGUGUUGUGUCAAACUAUUAUGGCACAGACAUUCAUGAUGUAGAAAAAUUUCCUCAACUAGCUGAUGAUCCAACAAAUAUUGUGUUCCGAAAGUAAAUGGAACAUUUUCCUCAUCCAAAUUUUAUCUGUGAUCUGUGUAUAUCAAACUACAGGGAUAAAAUGAACGCUGACUGCCUUAUCUAAAACAGUCUCAAGUUAUUAUAUGAAUUCUUUGACACAAAUGUUUAAAUUGUUUCCUGACAAGAGUUUUUUAAGACAAAUUGCCAUUAUCCCUGUGGUUUUUAUAGACUUUUAUUUAUACUUCAGAUGAGUAUAUAUCUAAUUGUGCAUGUAGAAAAAGUAUAAUUUUAUGUCUACAGCAACUUUAAAAAGAAGAAGAAUGUGAUCUACAAAAAAUUAUCUUCACUAAAUGCAAAGAAAAUAUAUUAUGAUUGAAAAUAUUUAUCAAGCUUACUUUGUUCAACUAAUGUGAAUGAAUCUUCCAAUUAAUUACAAGAUUUACUGAAAACGUCCAAGUUUUCAUCUGCCUUAAAAAGUAAUUAUUAUUAAGUACUGUAAAUAUUCUUAAGGUACAGCAACGCUACUAUAUAACAUGCAGGGUAUGUUCAGUAAAAUUGAAUCGUCAAAACAAAAUCAAAACUUAUUAUGUAUACAAAGAAAAAAAUUAACGUUUAUGUACAAUUGCAUGUAAAAAGAAAAACUAUAUAAUAUGUUCUAACAUUUGUAAACAAAAUUUUUAAAUAUUUAUCUUCUAUAAUAUAUGUAUUCACAAAACAUUUAUACAUACCUUUUCCUCUUGAGUAAAAAUUCAUAUAAAAUCCAUUUUAAAAUUCAUAUAACUGUAGAUAUUUUUCAUACCAAACCUAUAAAUGAGAUUAUGUAAGAUAUUUGUAUUAACAUAAUUUUUAUUAAAAUUCUAGUCAUGUUAAGUCUUACAUUACAGUUAAAGAUCAAGUUCAAAAAACAUAUUUUUAAAACAUAAAAUCAAUAACUGUUAAAUGAAGUACAAUUGAAUAACUGAUAAUUGGAAAUAUUUUUAUAUAAAAGAGUUAGGUUAUCUACUAACAAGUUAUCUGAUUUAAAAUAAGAAUUCAAAGCACCAUAUAAUGUAUGUUUUACUGUACUUUGAAAUGGUGCUUUGACAAACUUACUUACAAUAAACAUUUUAUUUACUUUGACUUGCAAUAAACAUUUGAGUAAAUGCAUGUUUUAAAUGAAUAGAAAGUACUGUACAUUAGCUAUUGAACUGGAUUAUUAUCAUAAUUCUUCAGAAUUUAUAAAAACGUAUUCAUUUUACGUUUGAAAAAUGAACUAGAUAAAAAAAACUUUACUUUUCUAGCAAAAAAUCUAACUCAUUUACAGUUAUAUGCUAACAUUAAAAUCAAAUUAAAUGAUAUGCUGACAUAAAUAAUAUUAUGCUAACAUUAAAAUAAUUAUUUCAAACAUAUAUUUGAAAUUCAACAGAGGCAGUUAAAACUUUCCUCACAGAAAAGUAAUUUUCAUGAUAAUCCAGUAUAAAAGGUGCAUUUAUGGAAAAAAAAUUGCAUGCUAGAUUACAUUAAAAUUUUAUUAAUUAUUUCAUAAAUAAAAUCUUAUAGCAUUGUAUAAUGUUAAAUGAUUAUUGUAUGGACACUUUAUGAAUUUAUUUAUUUAUGACGAUAUGUUUAGUUACAAAGUUACUUUUCUCUUAAAUUUUGAAACUACAUGAUAUUUUAAGCAUCAGAAAUUACUUGUUUGGUGUCAUACAUAAAAUGUGUGCGCUGCUUCUUAAAAUGGAUACUCAUAUUAAAAUGUGGACAAUCAAGUCAUUGAAAAUCUGAGUUGAUACUGUUACAGUGCUGGACACUUUCAAUUUUUAAACUCUUCUGUGUUGUCCUCUUGUAUAUUUUGUGGCCGUUGUAGGUCACUUGACAUUUACUCAAUUAAAGCAUGAAAACUUUCAUCUUGGUGAAAACCACUGAGUAAAGAUUUUUCCGUCGAAUUGCAAUGCCGAAUUGUUUUAAUUUAUGCCACAGACUUAGCUGUGGUUACUUUGUACAUAAUGUUCAUAGCUAUUGCCUUGUAAAUACUUGCCUAUACAUAAACUAUUAUGAAAUGUUUGUACUUAACUGUUGUGCAUUUUAUUAUUUAACUAUCACUCAUAAUUAAAGCAAUUUUAAUAAAUUGGACCAAAAUGA